AAACAUUUAUGACGGUGGUUGAGAAAACGGAAAUUGCAGAGUGAUUCCACGGGGAUCUACCAAGAUAUUAUGCUUUACGGUUCCAUCGUUACGACGCAAUCACGACUCGAUUGAGCUGAUCGUAAUUCGAUAAUGAUCGAAAAACCAUGUGUGUGCGAAGGAAAGAAGGAAGAAGAGAAGGAGGGAAUUUCUUUUGGACCACGCACCGAUGACAUUUAUCGAACCUGUAAUCUACCAACGCGAUUCAUGUACCCACGCGUGUUCCAGGGAUAUCGACAGGACGAGACUCCUCUCCCUCAUCCUUGUUACAGGAGCACGACGAUGGACUACGGAUGGUACGCACCGACCGUUCACACAGUGCCCACCAGAUAUUAUCCUCGAAAUACUUCUUUCAGUGAGGGCCAAGCAAUCGGUGGGAUGUAUCGAAACUGCUCCGUCAAUACAGAAUUGGAUAAAAGCGUUGUUUAGAUUUUUCGUUUAUCCUUUUUGAACUGUCUAUUAAAUCUUGUAUUAAUUUUGCAUGUCUUGAAUAAUAAAUUUUUGAAACUUCA